AUGUCUGCCCGGCUGGACUGUGAGCUCUGGGAGGCAGGGCCAGCCCAGUGCCCAGCCUGGCGCAGGCAUGACCGGAUGUGGUGGGCCCUGGUGGUCUGGGGCUGGUUGUUGAAGGAGAAGCUGCCCCUCUUGCCAACGGGCUCUGACAGACAGGGCGCCGCUCCCCCACCCCUGCGCCCGCUGUCUCCAGGGAUCCUGAUUCGAUUGCCUCCAAUCACCGGCAUUGCCAUCUGCCUGGGGUCCAGCGAGGAUGAGCAAGAGUCAGCUGCUCCCUUCCCCAUCAGAAACCAGUUCAGCGGGGAGACCGAGGAGCUGGCCCAGAACAGCUGGGUGGGAUGGACAAGGGUGGUGACCUCCUCCGGCUUCCGUUGCUGUCAGCCUUCAGGAGGGGACAGUGACCUGAUCCGGCCCCAGCUGUCAAAGGAGAAGAUUGAGGGCUGUCACAUCUGUACCUCGGUCACCCCAGGGGAGCCCCAGGUCCUUCUGGGGAAGGACAAGGCCUUCACCUAUGACUUUGUCUUCGACUUGGACACCUGGCAGGAGCAGAUCUACUCGACCUGUGUGAACAAGCUCAUCGAGGGCUGCUUUGAGGGCUACAAUGCCACGGUGCUGGCCUAUGGACAGACAGGGGCCGGGAAGACAUACACCAUGGGCACUGGCUUCGACAUGGCAACAUCGGAGGAGGAGCAGGGCAUCAUUCCGAGGGCCAUCGCCCACCUCUUUGGGGGCAUUGCUGAGCGCAAGCGGCGGGCACAGGAGCAGGGCAUGGCUGGGCCUGAGUUCAAAGUCAGCGCUCAGUUCCUGGAGCUCUACAACGAGGAGAUCCUGGACCUGUUCGACAGCACCCGCGACCCUGACGCCCGCCACCGUAGGUCCAACAUCAAGAUCCAUGAGGACGCCAACGGGGGCAUCUACACCACAGGCGUCACCUCCCGCCUCAUCAGCUCCCAGGAGGAGCUGAUCCAGUGCCUGAAGCAGGGGGCCCUGUCGCGCACCACGGCCAGCACCCAGAUGAACGUGCAGAGCUCCCGUUCCCACGCCAUCUUCACCAUCCACGUGUGCCAGAUGCGCCUGUGCACCCAGCCCGACCUGGUGAAUGAGGCAGUGGCCGGGAUGCCCGAGGGCACGGCUCCUACAAGUGAGUAUGAGACGCUCACGGCCAAGUUUCACUUUGUGGACCUGGCCGGCUCCGAGCGGCUGAAGCGGACAGGGGCCACCGGCGAGCGGGCCAAGGAGGGCAUCUCCAUCAACUGUGGCCUGCUGGCCUUGGGCAACGUGAUCAGCGCCUUGGGAGACCAGAGCAAGAAGGUGGUGCACGUGCCGUACAGAGACUCCAAGCUCACCCGGCUCCUCCAGGACUCGCUGGGGGGCAACAGCCAGACCAUCAUGAUCGCCUGCGUGAGCCCCUCAGACCGCGACUUCAUGGAGACGCUCAACACACUCAAAUACGCCAAUCGGGCCCGCAACAUCAAGAACAAGGUGGUGGUGAACCAGGACAAGACCAGCCAGCAGAUCAGCGCGCUGCGGGCCGAGAUCGCGCGCCUGCAGAUGGAGCUGAUGGAGUACAAGGCGGGCAAGCGGGUGAUUGGGGAGGAUGGUGCCGAGGGCUACAGUGACCUGUUCCGGGAGAACGCCAUGCUGCAGAAGGAAAACGGGGCACUGCGUCUGCGGGUGAAGGCCAUGCAGGAGGCCAUUGACGCCAUCAAUAACCGCGUCACCCACCUCAUGAGCCAGGAGGCCAGCCUGCUCCUGGCCAAGGCCGGUGAUGGCAAUGAGGCCAUCGGCGCUCUGAUCCAGAACUACAUCCGGGAGAUUGAGGAGCUCCGGACGAAGCUCCUGGAGAGCGAGGCCAUGAACGAGUCCCUCCGCCGCAGCCUCUCUCGGGCCUCGGCUCGGAGCCCUUACUCCCUGGGUGCGUCUCCGGCUGCUCCGGCUUUUGGGGGCAGCCCUGCCAGCUGCAUGGAGGACGCCUCCGAGGUGAUCCGCAGGGCCAAGCAGGACCUGGAGCGGCUCAAGAAGAAGGAGGUCAGGCAGCGGAGAAAGAGCCCAGAGAAAGAAGCCUUCAAAAAGAGGGCGAAACUCCAGCAGGAAAACAGUGAGGAGACCGACGAGGCCGAGGCCGAGGCCGAGGAGGAGGAAGAAGAGCGAGACGAGAGUGGCUGUGAGGAGGAGGAGGGGCGUGAGGAUGAAGAUGAGGACUCGGGCAGUGAGGAGAGCCUAGUGGACUCGGACUCAGACCCCGAGGAGAAGGAGGUGAACUACCAGGCUGACCUGGCCGACCUGACGUGCGAGAUCGAGAUCAAGCAGAAGCUGAUCGACGAGCUGGAGAACAGCCAGCGGCGGCUGCAGACCCUGAAGCACCAGUAUGAGGAGAAGCUGAUUCUGCUGCAGAACAAGAUCCGGGACACGCAGCUGGAGCGCGACCGCGUGCUGCAGAACCUCAGCACCAUGGAGUGCUACACGGAGGAGAAGGCCAACAAGAUCAGGGCGGACUACGAGAAGAGGCUGCGGGACAUGAACCGGGACCUGCAGAAGCUGCAGGCCGCGCAGAAGGAGCACGCCCGGCUGCUCAAGAACCAGUCGCGCUACGAGAGGGAGCUGAAGAAGCUGCAGGCCGAGGUGGCCGAGAUGAAGAGGGCCAAGGUGGCCCUGAUGAAGCAGAUGCGGGAGGAGCAGCAGCGACGCCGGCUGGUGGAGACCAAGAGGAACCGGGAGAUCGCCCAGCUCAGGAAGGAGCAGCGGCGGCAGGAGUUUCAGAUCCGAGCUCUGGAGUCGCAGAAGCGACAGCAGGAGAUGGUCCUGAGAAGGAAAACCCAGGAGGUUUCUGCCCUGAGGCGCCUGGCCAAGCCCAUGUCUGAGCGGGUGGCAGGGCGUGUAGGACUGAAGCCACCCAUGCUGGACUCGGGGGCUGAGGUGUCGGCCAGUACCACCUCAUCUGAGGCUGAAUCAGGGGCCCGCUCCGUCUCCAGCAUCGUGCGCCAGUGGAACCGCAAAAUCAACCACUUCUUGGGGGACCACCCCGCACCUACUGUCAGUGGCACCCGCCCGGCCAGAAAGAAGUUCCAGAAGAAGGGGGCCGGCCAGAGCUUCAGUCAGGCUGCGAGGCUCAAGUGGCAGUCCCUGGAGCGGCGGAUCGUCGACAUCGUCAUGCAGAGGAUGACCAUUGUCAACCUGGAGGCAGACAUGGAGCGGCUCAUCAAGAAAAGGGAGGAGCUGUUCCUCCUGCAGGAGGCCCUUCGGAGGAAGCGGGAGCGGCUGCAGGCCGAGAGCCCGGAGGAGGAGAAGGGGCUGCAGGAGCUGGCUGAGGAGAUCGAGGUGCUGGCGGCCAACAUCGACUACAUCAACGACAGCAUCACCGACUGCCAGGCCACCAUCGUGCAGCUGGAGGAGACCAAGGAGGAGCUGGACUCCACGGACACAUCAGUGGUCAUCAGCUCCUGCUCCCUGGCUGAGGCCCGCCUCCUGCUGGACAACUUCCUCAAGGCGUCCAUUGACAAGGGGCUGCAGGUGGCACAGAAGGAGGCCCAGAUCCGGCUGCUGGAGGGACGGCUGAGGCAGAGCGACAUAGCGGGCUCCUCCCAGAACCACCUGCUCCUGGAUGCCCUGCGCGAGAAGGCCGAGGCACACCCUGAGCUGCAGGCCCUCCUCUACAACGUGCAGCAGGAGAAUGGCUAUGCCAGCACAGAUGAGGAGAUCUCAGAGUUCUCGGAGGGGAGCUUCUCCCAGUCGUUCACCAUGAAAGGCUCCACGAGCCACGAUGAUUUCAAGUUCAAGGGUGAGCCCAAGCUGUCUGCCCAGAUGAAGGCCGUGUCAGCUGAGUGCCUGGGUCCCCCACUGGACAUCUCCACCAAGAACAUCACCAAGUCCCUGGCCUCCCUCGUCGAGAUCAAGGAGGACGGGGCAGGCCUCUCCAUCCGAGACCACUUCUACCGGGACAAGGUCUCACGCACCAUCAGCCUGCCCACCAGAGGGAGCACCUUCCCCCGGCAGUCCCGAGGCACGGAGACAUCCCCUCUGACCCGAAGGAAGUCGUAUGACCGAGGACAGCCCGUUAGGUCCGUGGACGUGGGAUUCACGCCCCCCUCGUCCCCUCCCACGCGGCCCCGCAGUGACCGUAACGUCUUCUCUCGUCUCACCAGCAAUCAGAGCCAGGGCUCAGCACUGGACAAGUCUGAUGACAGCGACUCCUCUUUGUCGGAGGUCCUGAGGGGCAUCAUCACCCCCGUUGGAGGAGCCAAGGGUGCACGGACAGCUCCGCUGCAGUGCGUCUCCAUGGCCGAGGGCCACACCAAGCCCAUCCUCUGCCUGGAUGCCACGGACGAGCUGCUCUUCACAGGAUCCAAAGACCGCAGCUGUAAGAUGUGGAACUUGGUUACGGGGCAAGAAAUCGCAGCCCUCAAGGGCCACCCCAACAACGUGGUCUCCAUCAAGUACUGCAGCCACUCGGGACUGGUGUUCUCUGUGUCCACCUCCUACAUCAAGGUGUGGGACAUCCGGGACUCGGCCAAGUGCAUCCGGACGCUCACGUCCUCAGGCCAGGUGACCUCAGGUGACGCCUGUGCCGCCACAUCCACCCGCGCCAUCACCAGUGCUCAGGGAGAGCACCAGAUCAACCAGAUCGCCCUCAGCCCUUCGGGCACCAUGCUGUACGCAGCCUCAGGCAACGCCGUCCGCAUCUGGGAGCUCAGCAGGUUCCAGCCUGUUGGCAAGCUGACCGGCCACAUCGGCCCUGUGAUGUGCCUGACAGUCACCCAGACCGCCAGCCAGCACGACUUGGUGGUGACCGGCUCGAAGGACCACUACGUUAAGAUGUUCGAGCUGGGGGAGUGCGUGACGGGCACCAUCGGCCCCACCCACAACUUCGAGCCCCCCCACUACGAUGGCAUCGAGUGUCUUGCCAUCCAAGGAGACAUCCUGUUCAGUGGCUCCCGGGAUAACGGCAUCAAGAAGUGGGACCUGGAGCAGCAGGAGCUCAUCCAGCAAAUCCCCAAUGCACACAAGGACUGGGUGUGCGCCCUGGCCUUCGUCCCGGGCCGCCCCAUGCUGCUGAGCGCCUGCCGGGCGGGCGUCAUCAAGGUCUGGAACGUGGACAACUUCACGCCCAUCGGGGAGAUCAAGGGCCACGACAGCCCCAUCAACGCCAUCUGCACCAAUGCCAAGCACAUCUUCACUGCCUCCAGCGACCUGACAGUGAAGUUCUGGAGUGUACGGCGGUUACCCAGUGGCCCACCCUGAGCGUGAGGUCAGAGGAUGGCCCCUGGACCCUCGGCCCCUGGCAGCCUGGACAGCACGGAAGGGAAGCCGUGGCCGAUGGGGCCAGCUGCCCUGGGGACAGAGGGUGUGGGCAAUGGGUGUGGCCCCUCCUGCUCUCCUUCCUCCCCCUUGACCUUCCCACAGGGUACUGUCCCCAGUCCCUCCCCUGCCUCGUGGGGAGAGAGCGAGCUUGGGGAGGAAAUUAAGCUGUGAAGCCAAAGGGCAUUUCCCCCUCAUUUCUCUCCCUGCGGCCCCUUGGCCUCCCCACGAUGGCCACCUUUCUCCUGCUGAGUUGGCCAUGCCCUUCCUUGAGCCUUUGGCCUCAGGGUAGGGGCCCUGUGGGGGCGGUGAAGCAGCCCCAGACCUGCCUCUGAGCCCA